AUGGGCUUUAUAUCCUUCGUGCACUCCAUCUUCUCUAGCCCAUCCCUCUUUCGCUUCUCUUUCCGUUGGGCCAUGUCUAACCCCGAGGAUGGCGUUUACUUCCCCAAUGACAGCUCAGUGUGCAAGCUUAGCAUGCUCCACUGGGCGGCGCUCAUCGUCUCCCAUUCCUCUCGCUAUCACCGCCCGCGCAUCACCAGAAUCCAGCACUGCAAGUGGGAGGACCGUGUCAUGCAUGAGUUCCUCAUCAUUGACUUCACCUACCCCACUUCCCCCACAACUAAGCGCACCGUUCCCGUCAUUGUAGAGCACACCAUGGAGAUCCGCCAGUUCCGUCCCGACAUGAUCCAGCCAGGCCUCGCUGAGAUCUUGUCCCGUGCCUCAGUCAGGUCAUCCAGGGCCUCUUUGAGCUGUGCCUCCAUCUCGUCCUCCUCGUCACUGUCAAUCAGUAUGCCCGCGGUUGACUACAUAACCACCCCGCUCAGUGGGGCGCCUAUUAGGAGCAUCAAUGAGAAAACAACAAGGCUAUACGUGGUCUGUCGCACGCUAACCUUCCCCAUGGACACGACCCCGACUGACUAUGACCUCGCCGCGCUGCUGCGGGCCCUCCACGAGUACUCCCCUAACUAUGACCUUAUCUCACGACAAUAUUACUGGUUUGCAGCCACCAUUUACGAUGUCUUCUGCGCUGUCCCCGGUGCUACCUCAGUGGAUCAUGACGUUCCUCAUUUUAGAGACAUUCGUAGACGGUUUCUUACCAUAUUUACCAUUCAGCCCGAAGACCCACCAUUAGACAAUAUUCUGCUACAUUACAUACGCCAUCUCAAGGACUUCGAGAGCACGGCUUGGAGAAGUAUGCAGGCAGCAAACGCAACAAUAAGCAUGCUGAAGGAUGAGUUAGCUUUGGCCCAACAGCAGCUGGUGACGCAGGGCUAUGCUGGCCCAUCCAAUAGGACAUAG